ACCAGGAGGAGCAUCCGGAAGACGAUUUUUCGACCUUUGAUAAAGAAAAAGAUAAGGAUGAAGGAUCCACACGGCCCUCUUCGCCUGGGCUGGAAGAGGGAGUACAAGAGGAGCAUGAAGAACAGGACCAGUCCGCGUAUGCGUACAAGGAGCCCGCCCACGACAAAAACGUUUCGAAGAUCAAACAGUCUGCGAUGUUGUUGUCCGCGUCAGAGGCUCGGCGUGAACGCCGCAUGAUGGCGAUGAGGAAAAAGAUGGGGGACCAGUGCAGAGCAGGACCUUAUGGUGCUGCCAGCCUUGCGAAAAAUGACUUAGAAGACGCGGAUUCGAAGUUUCUAAAGCGCUUGCUCGAGAAUGAAGAUCAGUUGUUGGAGUUCGUCGCGCAGGUAAACUCGGUCUACCAAGAAAAGCUGCACAAGCCCGCUCCGUUUAUGACCUUCAUCCUCAUCGGCAUGCAAAGUGCGGGAAAGUCGACCAUCGUGGAACGGUUUCUUCAACGGGUUAUCAAUGUGGUGAAAGAGGGCACCGGAACUCGCUGCCCCUUGGACAUCACAUGCAUUCACGACGACAGCGCAGCCGAGCCGGUUUGCGAGCUGUCUAACUGUGACGCACCCGGGACGAAAAACGGCAAGAACUUGCCGGUCGAGGAUGUCUUCAAAUCGGUGACGAUGCAAAAUGAAACACUGGCGAAAAAGAACGAAUUUUCGAAAAAGCCCAUCUACCUGGUGAUCCGCUCGAAGGAAGUGCAGAACAUGCGGUUCGUGGACCUCCCCGGGAUCAUUUCCAACAAGUCAAAAGGCAUCGACAACCGCGACGAUAUCAAGGAAAUCUUGCGUGCGGAAAUCAGCAAGCCCAACUCCCGAAUGUGUGUCUUGCUCGAACCCAAGGAGUUCGCGACUAAUCCGAUCAUCGAUUUCAUCGACGAGACCAUGGAAGGGCGGGACAACUGGGUCGACAAAGCCGACUUUUUCAUGACCAAAUUCGACAUGAGGCUCGGAGAUUCGCGCACAGGAUCCAAGGCGAAUGCCUUCUUCCAGGAAUUCAAAGACAAUGGCGUCGUUCCGUACAUGGUCAUUACGCCGACCUUGGACAGUGAGAAACUUGACCCGGCAGAGAUGUUCAAGCAGCGGCAAGAGCUUUUGAACACCGCGACUCGAAAAGAGGAAGCGAGGUUCAAGGAGUGGUUAGCGAAGCACAAGGCGUACCUGCAAAGUCACCCGGACGACGAGUUGCUGGAUGCGGUUUACCACGAGAAGAUCGGCUUCCGGAAGGGCGUCGCUGCUCUGCGGGAGACCAUGUUGGCCGACACCGCGAAGCGGUUGCCUGAGGUUUUGGUGGAGAUCCGGAAGCAGCUGAAGCUGUGCGAGAAGGAACACAAGUUGAUGAAGGAACGGCAAAAGUACAACGAUCCGAAGGAGUUGCGGAUCAUUGUCACCGAUGUGGUGCACAAGCUGCAGCAGCGCAUCUUCACUUACCUGGACGGGUCCAUGGAGAUCGCCAUGAAAUUCCCUGAAAGGCUGCAAACUUUGGAAGAGGAAAUCGUUGACGAAGAGGAGUCUGACUGGGCAAACAGAGAGCUGAACCACUUCACCGAGGAGGAAAAUGCCUGGCGCGAACACAUUACCACGGCGGCGGAAGAAAACGGUGAGUACCCGCGCCAGGUGCAGCCGAACAAGCCGUUUUUGGGUGGUAAGCAGUACCAGCGUGCCAUGCAUUUCUUCCGCUGCAACAUGAUCGACCACCUGCCGGCGCCGCAUAACUUGAAGGACUUCGUCGCGCACUCUACAGGCUAUUUAGCUGGGGGACUGCAGCGUGAGAACUGGGAAAGGGCCAUGGUGGAGAUCACGAAGCGCUGCGUGAAGCAAGUGACGCACCCGGGAAUCAAUUUUUUUGUCAAGCACGUGGGCAGCAUCUUCCGGCGACUGUUUUCUUUGGCGUUGGACGACAUCCGGAAAGGGGAGGAGUUUUCCGUGACUUUUCAACUGCUGCCGACCACGGUCGAGCGCUUUUUGAGCAAGGAGUUCGAUGACAUGCUGUGGAAGUUAAUGAAGUCCGCCACAGACAAGAUUCAUUGCUCCCUCGAACCCAUGUACAGCACGAUCAAUCCGAACUUGCCGACGUUUGUUCAGACGCAGGCACAAAGGAUGGACUUGCAGAAGCACCCUGAGCUCUACGUUUUUCGGGAUGGGGCGCCCCAAUUGUGGAAGCCGGAAAGGAAGCGGGAGCCGGGAUUUUUCGACAAUUUGAAAUUAAAGAUGAGUGCUUUGAUCUCGGGAUCUGGCGAGGUAAGAUGAUUAUUAUGAAAAAUGACCGUUAAGAAACGAAAUUUUUUGAAAUGAGAGUACACCGUUGCUUGCAGGUUCGUUUUCUCAUUAUCGUACACUAGCACACAUUUUCAGUACUAUAAAUUAGCACUCUUUAUUUCGUCGCGCUCGAAAAAGCUACGAAUUAACCCCCUCGUUGCUUAUUUGAAACAGGAAGCCAAGCGUUUCUUGCGCGAGGAGAACGAGCAGCGAGCCGGGAUUCGCAAGGAAUUUCUCUCGGAUAAGCGCGCCUCGAUGAUCACGGAUACGGAGACCGACAUUAUCCUGCAGCGUUCCUUCGAGUACAUAGCUGCUCUGAUGGAGUGGAACCUGUUCAACAUGGAGUUUCACUUCGACCACCACCUCUACCAGGGUUUCAAGGACGCACUGCAGGAUCAGUUUUGCGGGAAAUUAGUCGUGCGGUCCGACUUCGAGAGCUUGGUGGACCGGGAUCCGGUCGUUGAGGAUCGCGUGGCGGAACUGGAGAAACAGAUUGAAGGUCUACAGUCCUCGCUCCGCAUGGUCACGCAGAUGCAGACGAAAUUACGCUAGAUAAGUGGGUAGAUGUCGUCAUCAGGGAAAUCUUCGGCAGAUUUCCGAAGCGAUUCACAUGAUCAGGCGAUCCGCGCUGAACCUGGUUGCAAGCUCCGAAAGAUUCUUAAGAAGUACUGUUGACUAUACAUAGAUUUAGAUAACUCAGUGCUAGUAUUCCGUUGAAAAAUUCGAAAUUGUCGACAGCAUCGUGGACGCAGAUAAUACAAUUGACGAAGCCAUUGAUUGGCUAUACAUCACCAUGUAGUAGGAGACGCACCGUCGUGAUUGCAAAUUACACGGACCACGAGUACGAGGACAUUGAUGAAGAAUAAAAACAUGGCACCUAUUGAUUUGUUUUGAUAGAUACAUCCAUGGUCUCACUAGGGAGCUGAUUAUUUGCUGAUUAUUUGGAUUUUAUAUACGAAUGUUGUUGUUGUAACCCAUUUACUUUGUGACGUGAACAAUAUAUUAAAGUUGGAAAGUUGUAUUACGAGUAAGACUGACACUGAUGUUAAGUACUUGUGCUUGUAGAACACGUUGCGAUCGACAUUUCUUUACCCAGGGGGGUCUUUCUUAGUAUCGACUUGCGCAAGAACGAAGUAGGUUAGCACCUUGCCGACGCAGGACCUUGUUCAUGAUUAUGCUUAAUAACGCAAAUGAUUACUAAAUGCUGCAGUGAUCGAAUACUACUACAAACAGGUUGUUGAGCAAGGCUUAACCUUAAGGUUAUCGAGAGCAGUCGUAAUAGAUGAUAUGAGUGCAUAAUUUUGACGAGGUAUUUGAUUCUGGUCUCAAAAAAUUUUUUUCUGGCGCUCCUGGCGGUCUCUGCCAGGCUCAUUCAUUCGAUGCCCAAAAGUCAUUCCAUUUCGUGACGUGUUGUAUUUUUCUGACUAAAAAAGAUCAAUGGCUGAUAUAGUUCAUUAUAUGUAACUGGAUAUCUCCAAACUCGUUUCGAACUCAUUCACUUCGACAUCAGUCCAGUCGCACUCAUUCCGUGAAAAAUGAACCUCAACCUUAUUAUAUCUCUCAAUCUACCUGGCAUCUCGAUAAUCAUCGGGCUCAUUCCGCCCUACUGCCAGUCGACUCAUUCUGCUAUUAGGUGAAAUAUUGAAGUACCAUUCUGGAAAAUCGCUAGGAAAGAAGCUCAUUUCUUACCUUUUUAGUCCUGUUCAAUAUGCAAGUCCACGGGACACGACCAGUCCAGACUAAAUGCAAGAUCGUAAGACCGAUAUUGAUUGAAAUUUGUCUUUAAUCAGACCAUGUCGGUUUCUGAAAUAUUAACUAACUGGCGUCGGUGGUGGAAAUCGUUCCUAUGGGUCAUGUUGAAGGAUCUCAC